AUGAUCGACCCCACCUAUAGAUUUUGGAGCCCAUAUGAAGAUAAACCUAAUGGCGGCCCUUACUCGUGGCAUAUCCUUGAUUGUGACCAGAGACGCUGGGUAACAGUUACCGGAUCACCAAAAGCGGUGCCUCGGGAUCCGGAUGCGAUUAAGAUACUCCGCCGACACAUUGACCAGCUUGACCCUGCUGUGCAUAAGAUCACAGUGUCUGACGAAGGAGAUAUCGUCUCUAUUUCUUCACACCCAAAUGAUGAGGCGGCAUGGUUCGUUCACUACCCUCGAUAUGACCCCCGAGAUGUGCCAAAUGGCCACACGACUUUGAUGCGCACCCAGAUGGAGGAGGUCGACAGGGUAGGCCAUUCAGUUGAUAUGGUGCGGUACGAAGAUGGCCCCGGAAAAAGCCAGCUCGGCAUCUUUAAGUACUCAAUGAUAUAUAUUCAUUUGGAUCGUAUAUGGAAUGAAUUGCAAAUUAUGAUGGCUCUCCCGAAACACGAAUUGAUCGUUCCAUUCGGACGUAUCGUGUUAGACGAUGUUGAGCCACGAAUCCUAGGAUUUACCGUCCCUUUCAUACCUGGUGGGACCUUUGAUGAAAACAAAACGCGCCCGUUCCGCUUCGCUUGGUUGCAGCAACUUACGUCUCUCGUGGAUGAGUUGCAUUUCAAGUUCGGCAUCUAUCAUCAGGAUAUCGCGGGGCGCAACAUUGUGGUUGACCCAGUCACUGGGAAAAUCCGGCUCUUCGAUUUCGAGUUCGCUGCAAAAAUUGGUAGCCCGAGCGUGGACAUCUACCGCAACGACAUUGAUCAGGUUAUCUUUACCAUAUACGAGAUUCUCACUCUGGAUGUUCAUUUUCGCGAGAUUGCAAGCUGGGACCAAGACGUCAAGGCUAUAGAGGAAAUGGCAGAAUGGGACGUGAAAAUACCCAUCGAAGCAGGUAACGGUGGAAUCAAGGAAAUUAGGAGCUUCCUCGCAGAGUGGGCGGCAGGAAGACGUUCGAAGGCACAGAAUGGACCUGUCAACGCAACAUCCCAGCUGGAUUGGCCGGGAUUUCCACCUCAGACCCCAGUUCUUUAUACGUCUCGCGAUAGGGCUUACAACAUCGAGGGUGGUUCGUCUUAA